AUGGAACCUUCGGCGUCGUUGAUUGCCUCUGGAAACAUUCAGCCACGGGACGAGGAGUUUUCGGUCGAUCUUCAAACCACUGAGACAGAAUCCGCAGCUGCCGCCCACCACGUCGUUACCGAAUAUCUACUCGAACGAUGCAAGGUAUUCAAAGAGCUGUCGGAAAUAAGGCGACGAGGAUGGGAAAACCCUAAAGGCAACGAAUACUGGGAGAAAAGACGCCAUACCGCAGACAAUCCAAGUCCACGAACCCAGCAAAACUUUUUCAAAAUGACAAAACGAAUAGGAGCUGAAAUGCAGAGCGCGACUAAGGCAUUCACCAUCCAGUUGCCGGGAUCUACCAACCCCGGGAUUCUGGACAUGGGAUCUGCUCCAGGCGGCUUUCUUACUGCGGCGAUGAAAGCCAACCCCCUGUCCGAUGCCGUAGCUCUGAGUCUGCCCCCUUCGAGUGGUGGCUACGAAAUCCUUGCUCCCGAGCAUCCAAGACUAUCUGUGAAGUUGGUUGAUGUGACAAUGAUGGCGGCAGACUUAGGAGUCCUAGAGAUUCCCGCAGAACAUCCGGAUGCACGACAGUUUCAUCCAAAGCAGCUGAAAGACGGGCAGACAUUUGGGCUUGUGAUUUGUGGCGGCAGUGCUGUCCGAAAUCAUCAGGUAGCUACGUAUCGCCAGGGGCGUGAAAGCUGCCGGCUCAUAAUGGCUCAAGUUGUUCUUGGUUUAGAGCGCUUGGUGCCCGGAGGGACGAUCAUUUUGCUUCUUCACAAGCCAGAGGCGUGGCCGACAGUCAAGGUCCUAUACACCUUCAGCAAGUUCGCCUCCGUGAGGUUAUUCAAGCCUAAAUCAGCACAUGGGGCGCGCUCGUCAUUUUACAUGGUUGCGACCAAUGUUCAGAACCAGCAGGAAGAUGCCAUGCUUGCUCUGGCUAAAUGGAAGAAGAUAUGGCAUGAGUGUACGUUCGGGACGCAAGAUCAGUGUCGAGAAGCUUUUCGCGAGGAUCAGCCGGAUGUUCAUCAAGUGUUGGCAGAAUUUGGGCCGGAUCUCAUUAGGAUGAGCAAACGAGUUUGGUCUAUCCAAAAGGCUAAUCUAUCUAAGGCACCUUUUAUUUGA